UCGAAUGACCUUGAGCGCUGAGCGGCCAUUGCUUCCGAUUGUCGCACAGAAAUCAGAAUUUGUCCAAGUAAACCAGUCAUAAAAAACAUCAAAAUGGCUGCUAAACGUAUUGCCAAGACGGCAAUUAAUUGGGCAGCAUUUUCUGAUUCUGUCCCAGCUGCACAAAAAGAUUUUUUUCGUGCAUUCAAGGGAAAGUCUGAUACAUUUGUGAGCCGUGUCCACCAAUACCCAGAAAAUCUCCCAAAGAUCGACUUUGCUUUAUACAAAUCUCGAUUGGCCAACCCAGCAAUGGUGGAACAAUUUGAGAAAACUUAUGGUGGCUUGCAAAUUUCAUAUCCCAAAGACAAGAGAAACGUUCUUGGCGAGAUAGAUGCACAAGAGAAACAAUCUGGCGUUAGCACUGACCAAUUCAUUCAGGACUCUAAGAAAGCCAUUGAAAAUGCCAAGGCUACGCUGGCCCAUCUGGAAAAAUUGCCACCGUACGAAGAACUGACCAUGGAGCAUAUACAAGAUUACUUCCCAGAGCAGGCCCUCGAUCCAGUCAACAAGCCAACGUUCUACCCCCAUACUCCAGACGCCCAACCUACAAAUCCACAUUUCAUUAAGUAAUAUCAAUCAAUUUAGGAUUUUCUAAAAGGAGUGUAAAUGACAAUUAUUUGUACAUACUUGUGUGAGAUAACUAUAAGAACCUUUGGAUGUUUUGAGGUUGCUGGGGAAUGUAGAACUAUCGUCGAUAUCAAAUAUGUGCUAAAAAAACCACACCAAAGCAAAAUGUACUUUUAGUUCUGAGACUUGUAAUCAAUUCCCAGUUUCCUUGGAGUAAUUCAUAGCAAAUGUAUGUUCAGUUAUGGUACAAUAAAGUGUCUGAAGGUUGUGUUA